AUGUCACCGCGUGUUUUUGUAGUUACAGGAUCAAACAAAGGAAUAGGUAAAUCAAUAGUAAAACUACUUUUGCAGGAUAAAGAAGAAAAAAUUGUUUAUUUAACAUCAAGAAAUAUAGAACUUGGACUUAAAGCUGUAGAAGAAUUAGCUGCUUUAGAUCUGCAUGCUGAAUAUCAUCAGCUUGAUAUCACAGAUCAAAAUAGCAUUAAUUCUCUACGUGAUCAUUUACUCUCUAAACAUAAUGGUCUUGAUGUGUUAGUUAACAAUGCAGCCAUUGCUUAUAAAGAAGCUAGCAAUGCACCAUUUUCAGAGCAAGCAGAAGUUACUAUCAAUGCAAACUUUUUUGGUACAAUUCAAGUUUGCGAUACCCUCUUUCCUAUAUUAAAACCUAAUGCUAGAGUUGUUCACGUAUCCAGCAUGGUUAGUGAAUACGCUUUUAACAAGUUAUCUGAUGAUCGCAAGCAACAAUUCAAAAACAGCAAUCUGACUAUAAAUGGACUUAAAGAAUUACUUUUGUUGUUUGUGGAACAUGCAAAAAGUGACACGUUAGUUGAAAAUGGAUGGCCUAAAACCGCAUAUGGAAUGUCUAAAAUUGGUGUUUCAAUUUUGACACAACUCCAGCAACGGGAGUUUGACAAAAAUCCUGAAUUAAACAUUAUUGUUAAUUCUUGUUGUCCGGGUCUUGUCAAUACUGAUAUGACUGGUGGAAAAUAUGAUAACAUGUUAACUCCAGAUGAAGGCGCUGAUACACCUACUUUUCUUGCUUUGCUUCCCGUCGGAGAUAACUCGAUGCCCAAGGGCUGUUUUUAUAAAUUAAGAAAACCUGUUCCCUAUCCACCAUCCUCAUAAGGAAACAUUUGUACUUCAUUUUUUUUUAAAAAAUGUGUAAAAAGAAAAUUACUAA